AUGGAAGGAAAAGUUUGUUUUCAAAAGAUUCCCUCCCUCCGUUACUCCUCUAGCCGGUUUGAGGUGGAGCGACAACCUCCUCAAACAAGAAUACACUGAACCAGUAUCUACUCCGGAUCUGGAGGAGAGCUUGGAGAAGCUUCUAAGGGGGGAUCCCUUCACCGGGCAAAAAUACCACUAUGGUAGCUGGGUAUGGAGGGUCCAAUCGGGUGGCGAGGGUACCUCCCAAGCCCAUGAAGCAGCGGGGCACGGGGUACCCUCCCCGGGCGACACUACGGAGGCUGAGGGCCAAAGUCACCCAGAUGGGUGAAGAUGGGCUAGACGCCUUGGAGCAGCUCGCCGAGGAUUCCCCUUCCCGGUCACUUCAACUAGAGGAGAAGCUGGAGAGAGCUGAAGCCCAUAACCGGGGGCUUCAAGAUUUGACGGCUUGGCAGCUCGAGGAGAUGGCCUACCUUUCAAGGGUAGCCGGGAGAGCGAACGCGGAGAUCCUCCAGUUGAAGGAGGAGAACACGCAGCUGAUGGGGGAGGUCUCCCAGUUGAAGGAGGGGGCUGAGCUGAAGGAAAAAGAGUUCCCUAGGAGGGCAAAACAAUGGAUGGAGGAGAACGUGGUGGAAGUCGCCCGGGUGCUUACCUCUACUCCGGAGAGGACAAUGGAGGGGUUCAAACUUUUGUACCGGGAGGAGAACGGAAAAGAAAUGAUCACUCAAAUCGGCUCCUACGGAUUUAUGUCUGGCAAGAAGAGAGAUCGGGAAGCGUCGCAUGCGAUAUUGGCUGAAACGGAUCCGAACUUUAAUGCUAAAGCAUAUGGCCUGGCCCCAUACCGGAUGAAGAGCCUUCUCCCCCUUUCCCCUUAAAGUAGAUCUCCCCGGCUGCGCCCGGUUAUCUUAUCUUUUGUAAAACAUUAACAACUCCCAAUUUCCUCGGGAAUACCUGGUGUAUCUG